AUGGCCCAACUGAAGUAUACACCACCCAGGCAAUCAUCACCAACUAUCCACGUUCCACAACAGCUUCAGGACUGCGAGUUCAUUUUUGUCCGAAAUGACGCGGAAACCGGACGAACACCAUCUCCAUCGACAGAGUCAAACCAGCUUUUCUGGAAAAAAUCUCCACGGGAGACAGAACCCGUCUCAAACACACCCAGAACCCUCACCUGCCUCAACAACCACGCAAUCGCAACCGUCACAACCGAGGCUCCACUCACUUCACUCUUUGCUACUGCCUUCCCUCUGAGACGCCAGCUCACUCCUGCAGCUUCCAGCUCACUCUUGCAGCUUCCAGCACUCCUGCAGCCUCCAGCUCACUCCUGCAGCUUCCAGCACUCAUGCAGCUUCCAGCAGUCUUCAGCUCACUCCUACCGCUUCCAGCUCACUCCUGCAGCUUCCAGCACUCCUACCGUUUCCAGCUCACCCCAACAGCUUUCAGCGGCCUCCAGCUCACCCCUGCGGCGCUCUACUGACGUCCCGCUACCUAUUCCAGCACCCGCUGACGAUCUAAUCCAGUGCCCACUGACGUCCAGCGCCCGUUAA